GCGGCGGCCAUGGCGGCGCAGCAGCAGCUCGGCCGGGAGCACCAGGGCAUCACCCUGCGCGGCAGCGCCGAGCUCGUCGCCGAGUUCUUCUCCUAUGGAAUCAACAGCAUCUUGUACCAGCGGGGCAUCUAUCCCCCGGAGACCUUCACCCGUGUGCAGAAAUACGGGCUCACCCUGCUGGUCACCACGGACCCCGAGCUGACCAACUACCUCAACAACGUGACGGAGCAGAUGAAAGAGUGGCUGUACAAGUGCAUCGUGCAGCGCCUGGUGGUGGUCAUCUCCAGCAUCGAGAGCGGCGAGGUCCUGGAGCGGUGGCAGUUCGACAUCGAGUGCGACAAAACUGCAAAGGAUGACGAGGGACCACGAGAGAAAUCGCAGAAGGCAAUUCAGGAUGAAAUUCGCUCUGUCAUCAGACAAAUAACUGCCACAGUAACCUUCCUGCCACUCCUGGAAUCUGCCUGUGCCUUUGACUUGCUGAUAUACACAGAUAAAGAUCUGGCAGUGCCAGAGAAGUGGGAAGAGUCAGGACCACAGUUCAUAGCCAAUUCAGAAGAGGUGCGGCUGCGUUCCUUCACCACCACAAUCCACAAAGUCAACACCACAGUGGCUUACAAGAAGGAUUCUGCUUCCUAAGAUACAGGGAGAAGUUUUGUGUGUGUAAAUAUCACCUUGUAUAGUUUCUGUUCAUCAUGCAGCUAAGCCAUGAACACAUUACUCUCCUCUUCAUGAAGUAUGACACGAUGUGCCUGUCUGUGAUAAUGUGACACUAGACUAAGCUUGGCAUCAUAAGAGACUUUAAAAAGGUAUUCAUGGUCAUAGUUCAAUUCUUACUUUACUGUAUGAGCUAAACUAAUGGUGUGUUAAACCACUGCCUCUGCUAGAAAUACUGCCCAAGUCUAGGAUUAGCUGCUACAAUUGUGUUAAAAUUAUUUGGAAACUGCCUUCUGUUAUCAGUCUUAGGUUCUCUGUAGCAACUACAAUAAUCUCAUUCCUAGUGUGCCAGUUCUCAUGUUAAAAGCCUGGGCUGUUUUAUUACCAGAAAUAACCCUAAAAUCAAUCAACCAAGCAAUUAUUGUACCUCAGCUUAUCAGGAAAUCUGUAAAUACAGGAGGCCUGGUAUUUUAAUGACCGCUGGGCUCUCGUUCUAGGGACAGAGUUGGUCUGUGUGUGUCUGUAGUGUCUGUCCAGCAUUUCUAUGUUUGUAUUCUUGUUUUACAGAAUAAAGCUUUGAGUUUUACAGUGUUCUCUAAUCCUGAGUCUGCAGUCCUUCCUCUUUCAGAUGGUUUUAUGAAUGCUACAUCCUAGUUUACAGCUGUCACACAAGUACCACCCUAAAGGCAUCCUCCAUGUCGUUACUCAGCUUCUUCCUUCCUGAGUCUCCAAGUGGUGUGGAGUCCAUAUGAAAUCCAUUCAUGGAUUAACAGUUUGCCCCCACCCAGGUCUUCAAAUAAUUUAAACAGUCACAGUGAACUAAAGACUAAGGACAGUGCCUUUCAUAUUUAUUAAACAGCACUGAACUCUUCAUCUGUUCUUACCCAUUUCUGUAGUAGAAGAAAUUAGGGAUUUAAAACUCUGGAACUUUCAGACUCUUUCAUGGUCUUGUUCACUUCCCUGACUAAAUUCAUUCCAGGCACAGUGUUUAGCUGUUUUUUCCACUCUUCCAGUGAUGGAGUACUUUCUGCUAUAGCAAUAUAAUUUCAGAAGUCUUUUUAAAAAACAUCCAUUACAUAUACCCCACCCCACACAACUGUAUUACAACCUUUUUUGGGCUUUCCUGUUUCCAGGAAAUAAUCCUCUCCAGCAGUCCCAAUCUAGCAGAAGUAAAAAAAAAGACAAUCCUCUUAAAAGCAGGAGGAAAAACCCCGUAUUUUUUUAAAAAAUAAAUACAAUCUAGGUACUUUAAAAGUUCUAUUAUUCACUGCUGGAGCUUGUGCUGCAGUAACAGAAUACCGUGGUGUUUUCUUUGGCCUGUCAGCACAAUUGUGACUGCACUAGAAACAGGUGCACUUCCAAGAGUGCAGUCUGCAGUAGUGAGCAUAAAAAACACUUAUUUUACAGAGAUGCCGAAGUCAAAUUGCUCCAAGAAGCUCAUUCUUGUACCAAACAGCAUUCAUCUUCUUCUUUAAGAAGGGCCAGCCCGAAGUCCAUCUCCAUCAUCAUCUCUGUAUUUCUUCUUUUAUAGAGGCACCAGCAGUCAAGAGAAGUUGCAUAUAGAUCGUUGCAUGUAGACAAUGUCCAUGGAAGGUACAUGUGAAAAGGAACAAGUUACAAUCCUGAAUUUUUCAUA